AAGUAAAUUGUAGAUCGUUGCAGAAGAAGAGGAAAUGGAUUCAAAAUCUGUGGAAGAGCUUUCUUGUCCCGUGUGCUGUGAAAUCUUCAAGGAUCCUGUUAUUCUGUCCUGCAGUCACAGUUUCUGUAAAGAGUGUCUUCAACAGUUCUGGAGAACCAAGAAAACUCAGGAGUGUCCUGUCUGCAGAAGAAGAUCCUCAAAACAACAGCCUCCACGUAAUCUAGUGUUAAAAAACUUGUGUGAUUCACUGAUAAAGGAGAGAAACGAGAGGCGCUCAUCAGGAUCUGAGGAGAUCUGCAGUUUACACAGUGAGAAACUCAAACUCUUCUGUCUGGAGGACAAACAGCCGGUGUGUUUAGUGUGCAGAGACUCUGAGAAACACGUCAAUCACACAUUCAGACCCAUCAGUGAAGUGCUUCCAUCUCACAAGGAGGAACUGAAUACAGCACUGACAUCUUUACACAACAAGCUCAAACAUGCAGAAGAAAUGAAAGCAGAGUGUGAUGAAACUGUUCAACACAUCAAG